GGAGUCCGCGUUGACGAGAGGUUUUGCGGACCAGGGAUCCUCCAGCUAGUGUUAGCCGUUAGCAGCUGUCGCCGCCGCCGCCAGGCAGCAACGGAACGUACGGUGUGGACCUAAGAGUGGAGAGAGGCUCCGAGCUCCAGCCUCUACUAACGUAACACGGACAGACACGCGUCGGUGUCACCUCACAAAAAACAAACAAUGGGCCUAAUUUUCGCCAAACUCUGGAGCUUCUUCUGCAACCAAGAGCACAAGGUGAUAAUUGUUGGAUUGGACAACGCCGGAAAAACCACCAUCCUCUACCAGUUUCUGAUGAGCGAAGUGGUCCACACGUCCCCGACCAUCGGCAGCAACGUGGAAGAAAUCGUGGUGAAGAACACCCACUUCCUGAUGUGGGACAUCGGAGGACAGGAGUCGUUGAGGUCGUCCUGGAACACUUACUACUCCAACACGGAGUUCAUCAUCCUGGUGGUGGACAGCACCGACAGAGAGCGGCUGGCCAUCUCCAAAGAGGAGCUCUACAAGAUGUUGGCGCACGAGGACCUGCGGAAGGCGGCCGUCCUCAUAUUCGCCAACAAGCAGGACAUGAAGGACUGCAUGUCGGCGGCGGAGAUCUCCAAAUACCUCACUCUGAGCUCCAUCAAAGACCACCCCUGGCACAUACAGUCCUGCUGCGCUCUGACAGGAGAGGGUUUAUGUCAAGGUCUUGAGUGGAUGACCUCCAGAGCUGGCCUCAGAUAGCCCCUCCCUCAGCCACCCAUGGCUUCAAUACCUGAACCAACCACAUGGCGGCGUGACAGCUGGCUUGUGUUUACGUUUUUGUUUUCUUGUUUUUAUCCAUUUUGGUCUUUGACCUCUGCAGACUGAAGAGUUCAGGAACACAGACAUUUCAGUGGAACUUUUCACAUUCUCUGCCAAACUGGAGCUUCUGAAUGGACCGACCUGGUUUGAAGGCACAGAUGGUGGGUUUGUUUUUGGAGGGUCUGGACCUCUGACACUGAUCACUCUCAUGUUGUGUUGAACCAUCAUUUCAGAGUCUGCCAUAAACAACAUGAUUCUCUCCACCAGUGGAGAAUUGCAGCUGAACUGAAUUUGAUUUUUUGAUUUUUACUUUUGUGGAGCUCUGUUAGUGUGUGUGUGUGUGUGUUUGCGUCAGAUUAUCCAGGACAAAGAAAGGGAUUCUCAGCAGUAUUGUGGAACCAGCCUUAAAGGUGACGGCAGCACCUCACCUCAGUUGUUUUGGGUUUUUUUAUUUUUGCACAGAACUCCUCGGGGGUUCCUCACGGUUCUGUUCUCACCUCUUCACUGUUACAUUGAUCCCUUCAGUUCCACUUGAGCUGCACAGGUCGGUGCUUGUUCCCACAGCAGGACUGAACUCUUGAGCCUGUGUGUGUGUGUGUGUGUGUUUGUUACGAUGCCAGAACGUCUCCAUUUCAAAGUGUUGGCAAAAGUUUCUCAGCAAUCGGUUCCCAGGAACCAACGGAAAUGACUUCAGCUAUUUAUUUUAUUUUUUAUGGCUGUAAUGUGAUUCCAGGAGCAAGAAAAACCAGUGUUUUAAAUGUAAACAACUAUCAGUGCAUUUUAAAUGUAAUUUUAUUCUUUUUUUUAUUUUUUGCUUUUAUGAAUGUGCUCCUCCUUCAUUAAUAUACAUCUGAUCAUUGGUGCUGUGUUUGUGUGUGAGCGAUGGUUGGACUGCAUCCUAAACAUUUUCUGAAUUAAACUUUUUAUUGCCA